GGAGCUGCGGUCCUCACGCACACGCUCGCACGCGCUCAAACCGACGCACAGCGUCUCGGCGAGGAUCGACUCGAGGAGACGCGUGUUCGGCAGUCGGACAGCCCACCGAGCAGCCAGGCGGCGGGAACCCGGGAGGAUCAACAGGAAGGAAGGAAGGAAGGAAGGAAGGAAAAGGCUUUCAGAGUGAAGCUCCGUUACAAGGACAAGAAUUGAAGAAGUGCAGCCUGCGCAGCCGAGAAGAAGGAGAAGCCGCGAUCUCAAGUGUGCGAGUUCGCCUUCAUCGUCGCCGUUCCCGGGUGACAUGUCCGUGUCCCUGUCCGAGGGCUGCGCGGUGUCCCUCUGAAGAAGUCCUGCUGUCACCUGGACAGGAUCCAAUGAAAAUGUCCAUCUGCGUCCACGAGAACCGCAAAUCCCGGGCCAGCUCCGGGUCCAUGAACAUAUAUCUCUUCCACAAGUCCUCUUAUGCCGACAGCGUGUUGAUGCACCUGAAUGCCCUGCGACAUCAGAGGCUUUUCACCGAUGUCAUGCUGCACGCUGGAGACCGAUCCUUCCCGUGCCAUCGAGCCGUUCUGGCUGCCUGCAGCCGCUACUUCGAGGCAAUGUUCAGCGGCGGCCUACGUGAGAGCCAAGCCAGUGAGGUGGACUUCCAUGACUCCGUCCACCCCGAGGUGCUGGAGCUGCUGCUGGACUACGCCUACUCCUCCAGGGUUGUCAUCAAUGAGGAGAAUGCCGAGUCUCUUUUGGAGGCAGGCGACAUGCUGGAGUUCCAGGACAUCCGGGAUGCCUGCGCCGAGUUCCUGGAGAAAAACCUGCACCCCACCAACUGCCUGGGCAUGCUGCUGCUCUCCGACGCCCACCAGUGUGCCAAGCUCUUUGAGCUCUCCUGGAGCAUGUGCCUCAGCCACUUCCCCACCAUCUGCAAGACUGAGGACUUCCUACAGCUGCCCAAAGACAUGUUGGUGCAGUUGCUCUCUCACGAGGAGCUUGAGACUGAGGAUGAGAGGCUGGUGUAUGAGUCAGCGCUGAACUGGGUUAACUUCGACUUGGAAAGGAGGCACUGCCAUCUCCCGGAGCUGUUGCGGACGGUCCGCCUCGCCCUCCUGCCUGCCAUCUUUCUCAUGGAGAAUGUCUCCACAGAGGAACUCAUCAACAAGCAGGCAAAGAGUCGUGAGCUGGUGGAUGAGGCCAUACGCUGCAAGCUAAAGAUCCUGCAGAAUGAUGGCGUUGUUACGAGCUUGUGUGCCCGUCCAAGGAAGACCAGCCAUGCCCUCUUCCUCCUGGGGGGGCAGACCUUCAUGUGUGACAAGCUUUACCUCGUGGACCAGAAAGCCAAAGAGAUCAUUCCCAAGGCUGACAUCCCCAGCCCCCGAAAGGAGUUCAGCGCCUGUGCAAUUGGCUGCAAGGUGUACGUCACGGGAGGACGGGGCUCAGAGAACGGGGUGUCCAAAGAUGUCUGGGUGUAUGACACUGUGCAUGAAGAGUGGUCCAAGGCAGCGCCCAUGCUCAUUGCCAGGUUUGGCCACGGCUCCGCCGAGCUCCGACACUGUCUCUACGUGGUGGGCGGACACACGGCUGCCACUGGCUGCCUCCCAGCCUCUCCGUCGGUGUCACUCAAACAGGUGGAGCAGUACGACCCGGCCACCAACAAGUGGACCAUGGUGGCCCCGCUCAGGGAAGGGGUGAGCAAUGCAGCGGUGGUGAGUGUCAAGCUAAAGCUGUUCGCCUUCGGGGGCACCAGCGUGAGCCACGACAAGCUGCCCAAGGUGCAAUGCUACGACCCUCCGGAGAACAGGUGGACGGUGCCCGCCACCUGUCCUCAGCCCUGGCGAUACACAGCCGCUGCAGUGCUGGGCAGCCAGAUUUUUGUCAUGGGAGGGGACACUGAAUUCUCUGCAUGCUCCGCGUACAAGUUCAGCAGCGAGACCUACCAGUGGACUAAAGUGGGUGAUGUCACAGCCAAGCGGAUGAGCUGCCAGGCAGUGGCUUCUGGUAAUAAGCUCUAUGUUGUGGGUGGCUACUUUGGUACGCAGCGGUGUAAAACUCUGGACUGCUACGACCCCACGCUGGACACAUGGAAUAGCAUUACCACGGUGCCAUACUCGCUCAUCCCCACAGCUUUCGUCAGCACGUGGAAGCAUCUUCCUGCCUAGAUGCUAAGCUCACACCCUCAAGAUUCCCCUGUUUCCAAUACAUCUGCCGAAUUUGAACUGUGAAGGACACUCUGAAGUCCCUGUGCAGUCAAAAACCCGAGCUUCUACUUUCACAUUAAGUGCACUACUGGUGUAUAAGGUGGACCCAGCUGUCGUUUUGACAUUUCAUUCACUGUAUGCCAGUUAAAUGAUGUGAAGCUGAAAGAGCCUGAAUGUAGCAUCAUCUUCUGAAUGGUGUGUUGUGUUGCUCUUAAACGCAAAUAAGCACUAAACUUGUGCCAAACUAGUACAAAUCUACAUGUGUGAAAGACAUACAGUACCUUAUCUCACUGUCCACCCACAAGGCUAACAUUGGCAAGGAAAUCCGUGAUGUUAUCGUCAUCGUCUUAAGACUUGAUGUUUAAGACAGAUACUUUGGCCAUAUCUCCUAGCAGUUUCCAGGGUUUCACCUAACUUCAAAAGCAGACUACAUUUUUGGAUUUUAAUGUUAAUUGAAUUACCCUCAAAUGUAGUUUUAAAAAAAUCACUGCACAGGGACUUUGAUAUUGCAUGAAGGAUGAAACAGUUGAUGUCUCGGCUGGGUGGUCCUGCAAACAAAUGGACUGGACUCUCGAGUGUGUUCUCUGCUGGACCACAAAGUGGAUACCGUGAAGGACCAGCUGCUGACUUGUGUCUCUUUUCAGCAUUUUAGUGACAUCAGCAUGGUCAUUAAGCAUGGUUCAGAUAAAAGUUCUUGUAUCCUAGAGUAGGGGUGAACAUUUCUUUGUACCCUACAAGGGAAAAGACCCAGACCCGUGUUUACCCAGAGAGGUGUAAAAAAGUUAGCAGUGGCCAUUGGCUCACUUUAUCACUGCUUGAAGAACCAGCACCAGCUGUGUUAAGUCGCAAAACAUGCCCCGACAUGUCCGUUGAGUACGGGUACUGCGUAACGGUCCCCUUUAGGACAAUUUUCCAGUGGACACUGAA